GGCAGACGGCGCGGCGCUUUACGGCUGCCGUGCUUCUCGCUCCGCCGGCAUGGAGGCGGAGGAGCUGGAGAGCGAGGCCUCGGAGCGGGAGCCUCGGGAAGGGACAGAUCGGAGCCCAGAGGCGGCGGAGGAGCGGGAGGAAUCCGAGGAGGCGGCUUGUGGCGCCAAGAAGCGGGUGGUGCCGGGUAUCGUGUACUUGGGCCACCUCCCGCCCCGCUUUCGGCCUCUGCACGUACGGAACCUUCUCAGCGCGUACGGCGAGGUCGGGCGCGUGUUUUUCCAGCCCGAGGACGGCUUCGUGAGGCGCAAGAAGAAGGCAGCGGCAGCCUCGGCCGCGGGAGGCAAAAAGCGGUCCAGGUACAGCAAGGACUACACCGAGGGCUGGGUGGAGUUCCGGGACAAGCGAGUAGCCAAGCGCGUGGCGGCCAGUCUUCACAACACGCCCAUGGGAGCCCGACGGCGCAGCCCCUUCCGUUACGACCUGUGGAACCUCAAGUACUUGCACCGUUUCACGUGGUCCCACCUCAGCGAACAUCUUGCCUUUGAGCGCCAGGUGCGCAGGCAGCGCCUGAGGGCCGAGGUUGCCCAGGCCAAGCGUGAGACUGACUUCUAUCUUCGAAGUGUGGAACGGGGACGGCGCUUCCUUGCCGCUGAGGGGGACUCUGCCCGCCCGAGUGGCACCUGGACCUUUGCCCAGCGUCCUACUGAGCAAGAGCUGAGAGCCCGGAAGGCGGCCCGGCCAGGGGGUCGUGAACGGGCUCGCCUGGCAAAUGCCCAGGACCAGGCUCGCUCCAACCAAGGGCUGCUUGCCAAGAUCUUUGGAGGUCCACCACCUUCAGCGAGCGUGGAGGAACCCUGACCAGUCCGGGACUCUUGACGGGUGGACAGCCCCCUUCCAUGUCUUAGCCCUGCUUCCUGUCUGCCUGAUAAUGACUACUGAUAAUGAAUAUAUUAUCUUUAUAAGA